UGCUUUAGGACAUGGGCUGUGUGUGUCUGUUCCUUGGAAGUGUUUUUAACAGCGCUGAUGUUUGUUGAUGCUUUUAUGGUGGUGUGCUGGUGAAAUUCACAUUGUUUUUAUUGUAUACGUUAGAUUAAUUUCUGUUGUUUUCAGCAGUUGACAAUGUUAUGAAAUGCACCAACCAGUGCAAACUACAUCGGGCUGUGGCUUUUCUUGAUGGAUUUUUUUUGGCCGCUCGCUACUCCAGCGUGCAUCGGCGGCGGGCUAUUUUUAUUGCAGCUCGUAUUAGUUGUUGCGUAAUACCUGCGAGAGCGCAUUACCCAAUGCAAACCGCGAUUAAAAAAAAAUACAAACAAAACAACACAACAAAAAAAAAGGAGGCGAGAGCAGUUGUGAUUUCCAGCUCGGCCUCCCGCAGCACGCGUGGGUCCCACGCGCGUUUCCAGGCGCACUUUUCAGCCUCUGCUCGUACCUCGGGAGGCGCGACGCGGGCGGCCGGGGGAAGCCGGGAUUUUCCCCGGCCAUGUCUGCCCGGGGGACAGCCGCCCGCCGCCACCUCGGCGCGGCUCCUCGUCGCGGGUCCCCCUCGCCCAGCCCCGCCGGGCGCUUCCCCCGCCGGGCACAUCGCGUUGGGCGGCCCCGCCGCCCGCUGACCGGGGCAUCACCCCUGCCGUUCCCGUCCCCUGCCCGCCGCUCCGGGGAGGGCGCGGGGGGCCGGGGGGGACCCGCCGGCUUCUGGGACUUGUAGUGCGGGCUGCGGCCGCCGCUUCUCCCCCGGCCCGGCCCGGGACUACGGUGCCCACAUGGCCUUGCGCCCCGGCGCAUGAGCGCUCGGGCGCUGUAGCGCAUCUAUUAUACUGCCUUGCCGAGGAUAAAAAGAAGAGCAACUGGAGGGACUGUAAGGCAAACGUUGCUGGAGCUGCCGGGGCAAAUUUGCUCUAGGUUGUAUGGUUGCACUCUGGAAAUGGGAUGUCAGUCCCAUGCAGGGAGCAUAAAGGAAGAAAGAGAAUCUCCCCGUUGCUGCUGCAGUGACAGCGAGUGAGAGCCCGAGCAGGAAGAUGUCGGCAGUCGCCUCAGCCAUCCAGGCUCCUCAGGGCCCCGUGAACCCGCCGCCUCCAGAGGUGACAAAUCCCAACAAACCUGGCCGGAAAACCAACCAGCUGCAAUACAUGCAAAAUGUUGUGGUGAAGACCUUGUGGAAGCAUCAGUUUGCUUGGCCUUUCUACCAGCCUGUUGAUGCAAUUAAACUGAAUUUGCCGGAUUAUCACAAAAUAAUAAAAAACCCCAUGGACAUGGGGACGAUCAAGAAGCGCCUGGAACACAACUAUUACUGGAGUGCCAGUGAAUGUAUGCAGGAUUUUAACACCAUGUUUACAAACUGUUACAUUUAUAACAAGCCCACAGAUGACAUUGUCCUCAUGGCCCAAGCCCUGGAGAAGAUAUUUCUGCAGAAGGUUGCCCAGAUGCCUCAGGAGGAGGUGGAAUUGCUACCCCCAGUUCCUAAAGGCAAAGGUCGCAAGCCCUCAGCGGGCACACAGAGCACAGGAGCGCAGCAAGCCGUGGCCGUGUCUUCCGUGUCCCCGCCGGCCCCGUUCCAGAACGUCCCUCCAGCCGUGUCUCAGACGCCCGUCAUCGCUGCCACCCCCGUGCCAACCAUCACCGCCAAUGUCCCGCCUGUCGCCGCCCCUGCCGCCGCCGUCCCGCCCCCGCCCGCCGCUCCGAUCAUGCCCGUGGUGCCUCCCACGCCCCCGGUCGUCAAGAAAAAGGGAGUGAAGCGGAAAGCAGACACCACCACCCCCACCACGUCUGCCAUCACUGCCAGCAGGAGCGAGUCCCCCACGCCGCUGUCGGACCCCAAACAGGCCAAAAUCAUCGCGCGCAGGGAGAGCGGCGGCCGCCCCAUCAAACCACCAAAGAAAGACCUGGAGGAUGGAGAGGUCCCUCAGCACGCAGGGAAGAAGGGCAAACUCUCUGAGCACCUCAAGUACUGUGACAGCAUCCUCAAGGAGAUGCUCUCCAAGAAGCACGCGGCCUAUGCAUGGCCCUUUUACAAGCCCGUGGAUGCAGAGGCCUUGGAAUUACAUGACUAUCACGAUAUUAUCAAACACCCCAUGGAUCUCAGUACUGUGAAAAAGAAAAUGGACAGUCGGGAAUACCAGGAUGCACAAGGCUUUGCAGCAGACAUUCGGUUAAUGUUCUCUAAUUGUUACAAGUACAAUCCUCCAGACCACGAGGUGGUGGCCAUGGCCAGGAAGCUCCAGGAUGUCUUUGAGAUGAGGUUUGCAAAAAUGCCCGAUGAGCCUGCAGAGGCCCCCCCUCCACCUCCCCCAACAGCCCCAGUGGUGAGCAAAAGCACAGAGAGCAGCCACAGCAGCGAGGAGAGCUCCUCAGACUCCGACAGCUCCGACUCCGAGGAGGAGCGGGCAACUCGGCUGGCCGAGCUCCAGGAGCAGCUGAAAGCCGUCCAUGAGCAGCUGGCUGCACUGUCCCAAGCGCCAGUGAACAAACCAAAGAAAAAAAAAGAGAAGAAGGAGAAAGAGAAGAAAAAGAAAGAUAAAGAGAAGGAAAAAGAAAAGCACAAAGUCAAAGCUGAGGAGGAGAAGAAACCCAAGGUGGCUCAACCACCAAAACAAGCCCAACAGAAGAAAGCCCCAGCUAAGAAAGCGAACAGCACAACCACAGCUAACAGGCAGCCCAAGAAAGGAGGCAAACAGGCAUCUGCAACCUACGACUCGGAUGAGGAGGAGGAAGGGCUGCCCAUGACCUACGACGAGAAGCGACAGCUCAGCCUGGACAUCAACCGCCUGCCCGGGGAGAAGCUGGGCAGGGUGGUUCACAUCAUCCAGUCCCGAGAACCUUCCCUCAGAGACUCCAAUCCCGACGAGAUUGAAAUAGAUUUUGAAACCUUGAAGCCCACAACGUUACGAGAACUGGAGAGAUACGUGAAAUCUUGUUUACAGAAAAAACAAAGGAAACCAUUUUCUGCCAGUGGCAAAAAGCAAGCGGCGAAGUCAAAAGAAGAGUUAGCUCAGGAAAAGAAGAAAGAACUAGAAAAACGGUUACAGGACGUCAGCGGGCAGCUCAACAACAACAAGAAGCCUGCCAAGAAAGAGAAAUCCGGCUCCGCUCCCUCGGGAGGCCCGUCCCGGCUCAGCAGCAGCUCCUCCUCCGAGUCCGGGAGCAGCAGCUCCAGCGGCUCCAGCUCGGACAGCAGCGACUCGGAAUGAGCGCGGACACACGGACACACCCCCCAAACGGACACCCCCUCCUGGCCCUGCUCUGCAGCGUCCCCUCCCCUCCUUACCCCCUGCUCUCGGGCCACCGCGGGCAGGUUUUAUCCCCUCUCUCUUUUCUCUGACUUGUUUUUUAUUUUAUUUUUUAACUCAGUGUUACAAAAGGUAUUUUCCUUUUUUUUUUUGGUUUUUUUUUUGGCGGGGGGGAGGGAGGGAGGGGGCUCUCUUUUAAUAGGUCAAAGAUCUUUGAGUGUGUGUGUGUGACUAGACUUUAUGACAAAUAGUUCCCUUUGCAUAAAGUCUCUAAAAUUUACAUUUAUCUGGAGACAAUUGGUCAAAAGUGGAAGAACUUUGAGCUCUUAGCAGGAGAUAAAUAGAAAAUUCUGCAAGGUUUGUAGUACAUUUCCCUCCCAGCCCUUCCCUCUCCCCCAGAAUAUUCUCUUUUAAUAAGCCUGCCUGGCUCACACAAGGUAAAAACCAUCUUUUUUUAAAGAAAUCUCUGUAAAAUGGUACUGUAUCUGAAAGAUGUUAGCUUUUGAACUAGUUGGUGUAUUUGUUAUUAGCACUAGUAUUCUUAAUCUCCAAGUCUACAGUGUGAUGAAAAUGUCAGAUGCUAUCAUCUUUUUACAUAAAACCAACAAAAAAAAAUUCCAAAAAAAAUUCUCAUGUACUGUGGAUUGCUAACAUGCUUUUUUUUAAAAUCUUGGUAGAGGCAUAGGCACCUGUUCAGGAAGGUUUUGAAGCAUGAAUUUAACUUUUAAGCACACAAGCAAUAGAAUUGGUUGCAUUUCUUGGUUUUCCACUCAAAAGCUUCACUUUUCCCGGGGAUUCAUUGGGAAGAAGGGAGCAAGGGACACACUCAAGUUUCUUGGGAAUGUUAUUUUUACCCUUAAAUAGAUCAUUUCCAGGAAAUGGGACGCUCUCUAUGAAAAGUUUUCAUGGAACUGACAGGAGGUUGUUUUAUUUUGGCUGGAAGUUGUCAGCUGGAGCCUGGAGUGAUCCCUGCAGCGAGCAGGACGAGUCAUGUGCCCAUUGCUGGGCACAUCUUGGGCGUUUUCUCCAUGACAAACACCUCAGACUGGGCUUAAAAUAAAGCAGCACUUGAGCUCCAGCUGAGGCUGAGCUGGCAGGGGAAGUGGAGAGGGAUUUUCUGUGUGUUCGGGCUUUUUGCUUUUGGGUUUGCUUCGGUUUUCUCCCUUCUCCUCAUCGUUCUGGUGGUGAGCUCCUAGAAAGGGGAUGCUCCUCAAGCUGCAGGCACUGAAAUGUUUUACCUCAAUGAAAAGAAGAAAGAGGGGAGGGAGAAGAAAAAGAAAAAAAAAAAGCUAAUUUUUUUUAAAGCUUGCUAUUUUUUUCAGUCCAGCCUAAAGUUUUGACCUGCACUGCUGCAACACACCCUGGUUUCAGUGUCCCUAAUUUCAUGUAUCUACCAUGACUUUAUUUAUUAAACACAAUUGGUAAUUUCAAUUAUAAUAAAACCUAACAAAAGCAAAGCUAGGGUUCUGCAGGCCAGCAGACAGGAAGACUUUUAAUGAGGUUUGAACCAGAUUUAAAAAAAAAACAACCAAAAAACAACAACAAAACAAAUAAAAAUCCACAACUUUAUUUAUAUACCUUGGACUUUCUGCCUACAGGUGCUACAGUCCAGUCUCUCGUGUGUCUGGUGCUCUCUCAUGUUUGGUGUAUUCAUUUUUAGAUUUUUUCCUCCUCUUUUCACCCCAGCCCCCUUUUUUCCUGUUUUGUACAGAUUUUGGAGACAUACACUUCAAUACAAUUUUAUUUUCUCAGUGGUCUUUUUUCCUCCCCUCUUUUUUUUAGUUUUGUUUUGGUAGAACAAUGGGGGUUUUAUCCUUUUCUAAUCCAAUUUAUGAAAACACCAAUUCUAUAAUUACAUCCAAUUUGUAAUCUGAGGGGCAGAAGUUUUAUUGCAAAUUCUUUUCAUUGUAAAGAAAAAAAAAUAUACAGAAUUUAACAGAAAAUUCUGCCUUUCCAUCUCCAGCACCAGCCCCUAAAACUGCCUCUCCCCUGUGGGGUAGCCCUAAAUUCACCUCCUGUGCUCUGCCAGUGGUGCAGAUUGCUCCAGAUUUUAUUUUCCCAGUAGAUGAGUGGUCCUGGAGGCCCCUCAGGGCCAGCCCAGAUUUGCUUUGCACACCCAGGAGCUGUCCUGGGGGAUGUCCCUGUGCUCAGUCUGGAAUCACUGCCUGCUCAGCAUUCCAAGCUCUGCGCUUCCAGCUGCAGCCCUGCUCCGUGCCUGCCACCACUGCCCAGCAGCCAGGGGGCAUUUUCUGGGCACUUGGGCCUCUGCCUCUCAAAAUGUGCUGCUGGCCAGAGAUUCUUUCCCACAGCAAUUGAAAGGAAAAUGUUCUGAUUUUUGCUGAAAUUCCUGAUUUGUCUUUUCCAUUAACAAUGGAGGUCAGUUCUUAUUUUUAUUUUUUAAGUUCUGCCCUUACAAAACCUUCCCCCAGACAGAUCCCUGGUAAUAUAUUUUCAAAAUUUACUAUGAGGAAAUGUAAUAUUCACCUAAUUAAGAGCUUGGGUUUCUUUUUAAUGGGGUUGGGUUUCACCUGUGUUUCUCCUGUUGCCUGCGACCCGAAUGAUCAAAACCAAGGAAUAUUUUAAGGAAUAAUUGCAACCAAUUCACUGCCAUGGCUUUUGGAUAAACAAACUCCCAGUUCUCCUUUCCUGGGACCUUUUCCUGCGUGCUCGACCCUGAGCUGUGGUGGUGGCUGCUGUGGGCAGGACAAACCGGAGGCGACAGCAUCGCUGCCACAAAAAAAAUCCUGGGAAUUUCAGCUCUUGGCACCAUCCUCUGCCAUCAGGAACAGCCCCUGGAACACACAGACAUCCCUCAAGGAGCCACGGGGCUGCCCCACCAGAAUUAGUGGGAAAGUUGGAGCCAGAGGGUUGAGAACCAGGUGUGAGGUGAUGGGAAAAGGCACAGCCUGAGGCUGGCUCAGCACUGGAGGAGGAUCCCUGCUGGAGCUGGAAAACCCUCCCAGCCUGGGGCUUUUCCAGGAAAACAACCUGCCAAGGCUCCCUGUUGGAGCUGGAAAACCAUCCCAGCCUGGGGCUUUUCCAGGAAAACAACCUGCCAAGGCCACCACGGAAUGGGAAGAACCUGCUGCACAUCUCUGCUCCACCAGCUGCAACUUGGGCUUCCACUCACUGGGAACCUUUGCACGGAAAGUGAGGCGUUCCCGACAAAAUGGAGCGAGGAGAAAUCCAUUUUGGCAUGACUGAGGGAAGAAUUUGGUGACUCCUCCCUUCCAAAUGCUGUCCUUACACUUUUCCAUUCCCAGCUUGAUUGCAGUGCUCUUUAUCCCCACCAUGGCCACGGGGGUGCCUCUUGUACAUCCUGAGUUUCUCCAGGAAAGAAAAGAUGUUUCCAGUCCAGAGUAAGUAGCAGCAGUCCUAAAUGAGUUGGGAACUGAAGCAAAGAGCAUUUCUUGAACUGGGUUUAUUGCAUGACACGUCAGUCCAGAUGUCACAAAAUAACUUGGAAACGAUCAAACACGCAACGUUUGAAGGACAUUUUUAAACUUAAGAAUAAAAAAAUAUUAAAAAAAAGGAAAAAAAAAAUUAAAAUUUUUAUGGUAGAAUUUUUCUUGAAUGAACAAAGUUUAACUUUGUUUUCCAGGGGAAACUUCACUGAAAUCAGUAUGAUUUCAUAUGUAUGCAUACACACAGAGUUUUAUUGAAACUGCUUUUUUCGGACUAAUUCCUGUUUUGACAAAAUAUCUGACCAGACCUUUCUCAAUCAACCAGCAUUACUGCACCUUCUAAAAAAACUUUGUGAACCUUUUCUCUGAUUGUAAACUCAGCCUGUCUCGUGGCUCAGUGGGACCAGAGGGAGAUCCCCAUCCCAGCGACCCAAGGAGUCUCUCAGCUCUCUGCGCGCCAAAUGUGUCACCUACACGACAAAAUCGUGGCAGUUUUCGUGCUGCCGUGGUUUGAACCCUGCCCCCAGGCUUUGGGAGUGUGGGAGUGAUGUUUCAGGGCUGUGUCACCGCUGGCAGGGUGGUGACCCCCAAACACACACACACAUCAUUGCUGGGUGUGGAAAUGCACAGCUGAGUUCCCCCUGAGCUCUGUUCCCUCUUCUCCAUGUGCUAGAAGCAGACUGACGUUUCCUAAUCUUGUUCUUUCUCUGCUUUGGGGACUUUUAGAGCAGUUUUUAGUUUUGGUUUUUUUUUUCCUUGUUUUGAAAGGAAUGAUGUUUUUUUUUUAAAGCUGGGGUUGGAGCUGAGGGGAAAGGAUCGGGGCAUGACAAAGACAAACCACAACCUUUUUAGUACUGGAUUUUAAAUUCUCAGUCUCUUCUCAACCCUGAGCAGUUACCACUAGGGCUAACUGUGGGCAGGCUCUGCAUCAGUAAAGAGAAAUUUAGGAUUCCUUACACAGCAGCGUUAUCUUGCUUGAGCUGCAUUUUGUAAAGAAAAUGGUAUUUGCAUAUCUUUUUAAAAUGUCAUUUUUAAAAAAUAAAUUAAACCACCAGCUAGGAUUUAACACAGGCCGCUUAGAACACAGCCCUGAUACUGGCAUAACCAAUCCAGAAAGAUUUGUUGUUGUAUUUUUUGUUUUGUUAUUUUGGGGUUUUUUUAAUAUUUAAAAAAAAAGGAAGUUGUUACUUUUCUGUAUGAUGUGCAUGCAAAUUUACCGUAACUCUUUUUCUUAAAACUUUUUAGUGCCAUUUCUAGUAUAUUCCUGUAAAUGUCAGUUAUUGAAAAGAAAUGAGUCAAUGUAAGUAGUUUAGCUUGUUUAUUGCAAAUUGCUGGCCUCAAACAAAACAGAAUUAAAAA